UGUGUUAUGUCUCAUACUCGGAGGUAGAGAGUCAGAGCUCCUCGUCCGGCGGAUCUCAACCUCUGAAUCCAACCCCCGGUGUCUUCUUUCAUCCUUCCCCUCUUCCCUGCUCGCUCACCCGGGUUGCUUUCUCUCCGUAGCCGCGGGAGCUUCUACGUCUUCUUUCUCUCGACUUCGGCCAACAGUUUGCUCUUUUUGGAUUUGGGUUUUUCUUCGUGGACGUUUUGAUGAGUACUCGCUGCUGAUUUCACUCAGCACUGCUCCUCGCUGCUGCCGCCGCCGCCGCUGCUGCUUCUGCCGCCGCUGCCGCUUUUACGCACCGACGCUUAUUUUGGAUUUGCUCGGCAGCACCGCUGGAGAAAAACAGAGAGAGACGACAAGAAGCAAGAACAGCGAGGUGGAUCCGUGGAUGCGCCCCUUUGGCUCACGCUGGAGAUGGAAACGCUGAUAUUGUUAUUUCAUUCCCUGUGGAUAUUGCAAUGCAACACAGUGAGCGCCGACUCCAUCAUUCACAUCGGUGCGAUAUUUGAGGUGAACGCAGUGCGGGACGAUGAGGUGUUCCAGCUCGCCGUGUCUGACCUCAGUCUGAAUGACGACAUUCUGCAGAGUGAGAAGAUCACACACUCGAUUAAACUCAUCGAGCCCAACAACCCUUUCCAGGCGGUGCAGGAAGCCUGUGAGCUGAUGAACCAGGGCAUCCUGGCGUUGGUGACAUCUACUGGCUGCGCCUCAGCGAGCGCCCUGCAGUCCCUGACGGACGCCAUGCACAUCCCACACCUGUACAUCCAGAGGAACAGCGAAGGAUCUCCUCGCACUGCCUGCCAGUUCAACCCGAGCCCCGGCGGGCAGCGCUACACGCUGGCCGCCCGGCCUCCCGUACGCCUCAAUGACGUCAUGCUGACGCUGGUGGAGGAGCUGCGCUGGCAGAAGUUCAUCGUGUUUUAUGACAUCGAGUACGAUAUCCGCGGCCUGCAGGGUUUCCUCGACCAGACGUCCCGCCAGGGUGUCGACGUGGCGUUGCAGAGAGUGGACAGGAACAUCAGUAAAAUCUUCACCAACCUCUUCACCACCAUGAGGACCGAGGAGCUCAAUCGGUACAGAGACACACUGAGGAGAGCCAUCCUGCUGCUCAGCCCACACGGAGCGCACACAUUUAUCCAGCAGGCAGUGGAAACAAAUCUGGCCUCCAAAGACAGUCACUGGGUGUUCGUCAACGAGGAAAUCAGCGACACAGAGAUCCUGGAGCUUACCCAUAGUGCACUGGGGCGCAUGACGGUGAUCCGGCAGAUAUUUCCCUUGUUGAAGGACAGCAGCACCCGCUGCAUGAGGCAGAACCACCGGAUCUCCUCGCUGCUGUGUGACCCGCAGGAAGGACACCUGCAGAACCUGGAGGUGUCCAACCUGUACCUGUACGACAGCGUGCUGAUGCUUGCCAACGCCUUCUACAGGAAGCUGGAGGACAGGAAGUGGCACAGCAUGGCCAGCCUAAACUGCAUCAAGAAGUCCACCAAGCCCUGGAACGGAGGCUGGUCCAUGCUGGAGACCAUCCAGAAGGGAAAUAUCACAGGUCUGACAGGUACGAUGGACUUUAAGGACAACGGCUCCAACUCCCACGUCCAGUUUGAGAUCCUCGGCUCGAGCUUCAGCGAGACCUUCGGCAAGGACAUCAAGAGGCUCGCCACGUGGGACUCGGUUCACGGCCUGAACGGCAGCCUGAAGGAGAGCCGGAUAGAGAACGGCAUGCAGGGAGUCACGGUCAAAGUGGUCACAUUACUGGAGGAUCCUUUUGUCAUGGUGGCGGAGAACAUCCUCGGGCAGCCGAAGAGAUAUAAAGGCUUCUCCAUCGACGUCCUGGACGCCCUCGCCAAGAUCCUGGGCUUCAAAUACGAGAUCUACCAGGUAGCGGACAGUAAAUAUGGAAGUCGGCUUCCCAACGGCUCGUGGAACGGCAUGAUUGGUGAUCUAAUCAACAAGAGAGCGGACCUGGCGGUGUCCGCCAUCACCAUCACGCCAGAACGGGAGAACGUGGUCGAUUUCAGCAAGCGCUACCUCGACUACAGCGUCGGUAUCCUGCUCCGAAAGCCCGAAGAGAAGAUCAACAUCUUCUCUCUGUUCGCGCCCUUCGACCUCGCUGUCUGGGCCUGCAUCGCCGCUGCAAUCCCCGUGGUGGGAGUGCUCAUAUUCCUCCUCAACAGACUGCAGGCGCUGCGCUCCUCGUCCCAGAAUGCACCUCCCGGUCAGCCGGCUAACGGAGCAGGGUCGGGCACCCUGCACAGCGCCAUCUGGAUCGUUUACGGAGCGUUCGUGCAGCAAGGUGGGGACGGUGUGGUGGGCUCGGUCGCUCUGAGGAUCGUCAUGGGCAGCUGGUGGCUCUUCACGCUCAUAGUUUGUUCAUCAUACACCGCCAACCUGGCGGCGUACCUCACCGUGUCACGCAUGGAUCACGCUAUACGGUCUUUCCAGGACCUGGCGAGGCAGAUCGACGUGGACUACGGCACGGUGAGGGACUCUGCGGUCUACGACUACUUCAGAAACAAAGGCACCAACCCUCUGGAGCAGGACAGCACCUACUCAGAGCUGUGGAGGACCAUCAGCAAGAACAACGGCAUGGAUUACUCCGUGUCCAGCCCGUCAGAGGGAAUACGCAAGGCAAAGAAGGGUCCGUACGCCUUCCUGUGGGACAUGGCGGUGCUGGAGUACGCGGCCCUGACGGAUGACGACUGCACCGUCACCGUGUCGGGAAGCAGCAUGAGCAGUAAAGGCUACGGCAUCGCCAUGCAGCACGGCAGCCCCUACAGGGACCUCUUCUCACAGAAGAUCUUGGAGCUGCAGGAGAAAGGCGACCUGGACAUCAUGAAGCAGAAGUGGUGGCCCCGCGCCGGCCGCUGCGACCUCAGCAGCCACGCCAGCGCCCACCCCGACGGGCGCUCCCUCAAGCUGCACAGCUUUGCCGGCAUCUUCUGCAUCUUGGCCGCGGGCCUGCUGCUGGCCUGCCUGGUGGCUGGGCUGGAGGCUUGGUGGAACAGCAACCACUGCCGCCAGGAGCAGCCCAAAGAGGACAAGGAGGUGAAUCUGGAACAGGUGCAUCGUCGUAUGAACAGUCUUUUGGACGAGGACUUGGCCCACAAGCAGAUCCCCGGCCCCUCUAUCGAGAUCUCUGCGCUGGACAUCGGCAGCAUGCAGCCCAGCCAGGCCUCUCUGGUCCCGGGCCCGGAGUCCAGGCGGGACUACCCGCCCUCGGGCCUCGCUGUGACCACCUUCCUCCCCGGGGAGGGGGCACCACCUCCUCCUCUUCCCCACCCUCACCAUGGGGGGACCCUAGGCAGGACGCUACCCCCAUCCCAGGGCCCUGGCAGCAGCACGUUGCCCCCACACCACCCGCUCAGCAGCACCAGCCUCAGCGGCACCAUGCAGUGCAAACACAGGGCGCCCAACGGGGGGCUCUUCCGGCAGAGCCCUGGCAAGACACCCAUGCCAAUGUCCUACCAGGCAGUCUCCGCAGGACCCAUACCCGAAGCCAUUGAGGCCACCCACAGUACAUCGAUAUAAGAUCGGAGGGGUAAAGGGGGCGUUGGGGGGGUGGGAGGGAGGUUGCUCUCUGGACUUGGGUCCAGGUUCGGAUGCGAGGCGGGUUGGGGAACUCUAGAGGAAAAUUAUUAUAGAGGAAAAAAACAUAUAUGUACAAAGUAAAAAGAUUUUGUAUCUCACUAUCUGUUCAGAAACACACACGAAAAAUCUAACAAAAAACAACAAAAAGCGGGCGGGCGGGCUGGAGGGUGUAAUUUUUCUCGUGUACAUAUCUGUAAAUACCAAGAGAACGAAGUGAGGUUAAAGUGUAUUUUGAAUAUUCUCAAUUUUUGAAGUUGAGUUAUAAAAACAAACAAAAUGAGAUAAAAAAAAUAUAUAUAAACAUUGAUGAAAAAGUUAUGACUGUUUGAAUGGCUUUGUAAAUUUUGUUCAUUUAAAACAAUGACGCGAAAUUCAUUGUGAUUGUUUUCUAAGUGCCGAAAUUAAACGAUGUCUCUCCACAACUCAUUGAUGUAAACGACUACCCAUGAUGCACCGCUGUAGGGACAUUUUUAGUGUUGGACACCUACUGUUAUGCACCUCUGUACCAACCCUAUAUAUAUAUCUUCAGCAUCGGACAAAAAAAAUCACUCUUUGUUUUUUUCCCCAUUUGUAUUAACUAUAUAAUAUGCAUAGUUUUUUCCAAGCAAAAGUCUACAUUCUUUUCUUACGUUGACUGUAAAUGGUGUUCAUUCAAACACUGCGGGGAAACAAGUGGGUUUUUAUUGGGUUCAUAUUUUACACACAGCUCAAUGGUUUGUUUUUAUAGCGAGUUUUUAUUUGGCGUCAGUACUGUCCAGGUGAGAGUCUCAGUUUGUGACGAGCAAAGAAGAGUACGUACGGCUGCGAGCGCACCGACCGCUGUCUUUAGGUCAAACGAUGAUGCAGUCAUGCAAGCCUGGUCUCUGUGUGGAACAUGACAGGGUGUAGAACCGCGGUUCCCUACCCACGCGGUACAGGUCUUAUUCUUAAAGUCAAAUAUCAUAUUUUUGAACUUUAAAUGCAGUCGCGCAUUCGACGUGAUGAAAUCUCCCAACUGUUUCUGUAGUCCCGUUUAACCACUUAUUACAAAAACCUUUUCUGGGUCACAUUAAAGCUUCAAAAUGAAGAGAAUUACUUCUGUAUUUUAAGCUAUGGAAAAAAAUGAACAUGUUUAGGGUUGCAUGAACCACAGAGCUUUAGACAUCAAACAGAAACCAACCCGACUUCGAGAUGAGGAAAUCAGGAACACAAAAACACUUGUUCUGGGUUUCAGGUCUGAGAGAUGCUUGCACCUUUUAAAUGAUGAAUAGUUUUAGAGUACGUCUUCUUCAUCGCGCCGCCAGCAAACAAGUAAAAAUCAGUUACUGUCCUUUUCUAUGAAACUCUGUCCAGAUGCUUUUAGACUAAUGAAAAGUUGGCACCAAUUUAAAACAAGUACUGGUAUUCUUCCCAACUCUGAGACAGACCCUCUUGUUAGCCAAAUAUAUACAAAAACAGAAACGGCUCCAGAGUAUCAGCCAGCCUGAUAUUCAUUUUAUUUGAUAUUUUUGAGCUUCUGUUUGAAUUUGAAGGAAGUGUCAGAUUCAAAUUGGUGCCAGAACGAUUGAUGGUUACUAAUUUAUUCAAACAAACUUCAACUGUUGCCAGAGUGGGCAACAGUUGAAGUCUGAAAGUCUGAAAUUACAGACCUGAAACACAAGAAAAGUUGUGACAUAUCAAAUCAAACGUAUUCGCCUUUCCAUUGUUACUCUUACUAACCGCUCCCACAGAGUUCCUAAAGGAGGGCCGACACUUGUGUUUUCAGGCAGUCGUAAUGCUUCGUUUGGGGCCAAAUAUCGAAGCUCGGUCGAGUUCCAACAGCGGUCGGUGUGAACGCAGCCUUAACCUUAAGAAAAAAUAUAAAGGUACUAACUAGAUAUGUCUUUAAUUUUUAUACUAGAGAAUUUAACGUCACGCUCUUGUACGCAGGUUUCUUCUCGCAAAGCAGUGCAGUUUUUCUAACGAGGAGUGAGAGAGUGACUCAGAGAGGCAUCGUAUUUCCACAAGUCAUUCCUAAUGAGAUCCAUUAUCACCUGCAGGGAUGACAGAGGGCGUCAUUACCCAAAGUGCAGACAGAGGCUCACGAUGAUGGCCGUUCUGCAGGUGCCAUACCUCAACUGCUUGUAAAAUAGAGGGAAGUUAAAUAUAUUUGCUAAACACUGGAUUGUUUUUUCUCUAUAGGAUACUGUAAGAGGAACAUUUAUGGGAAAAGUAUUUUCAGCAGAAAUAUAUAAAACCAACCAUGUCACCCCCACCUUUUUGCUUUCAUAAGCGCGAUUACAAGCAUCUAUGGGCCUAAUGACUGUCGACUUCAUUUUCAUUAGCCUGACGCUGGCUGUUUGGAUCCAUGUUGAUCACACACAGUUUUCAGGACAUUAGCAGCCAAACGCAGACCCGCUCAUCUUUCCAUUUAUAGAACGUGUACGUGGGCAGAGGAAACUGAGGGACCUUCACUUGUCAGAAUAAAGAGCUUUAGUCCCGAAACUCAUUCUGUGGAUGGGACAUCGAAUCUUGUGUUGUUGGUAGGUUUGUGGUUGUUGGACAGGCGGCAGAUUAAAUCGUUCAUUAAACUACAGACACGAGCGUUCUGUGGAGGUUUUACUGUCCGGUCCUGUCGCACAGCAUUUCCUCCACACUGGGGAAACCCAGACUCACAGACUAAGAUAUCCUUUUUAAGUGUCCAUAUCAUGCUCUAUUCUUACUUUCAUGAAGCGAGCUUUAGCAACCUGAGCCAGACAGCAGAAAUACUGGAGCUGAAGUCUUCUACCAGCCAGGUGUUUUUGGGCGGUCCCUUAGAAAAGAUGGCAUGUGAUGAGACGCCUCUGUUUUUAUAAAUCCUGGGUCCUGAUAUUCUUGUAGACCAGGGGUGGGGAACUCCAGGCCUCGAGGGCCGUUGUCCUGCAGGUUUUAGAUCUCACCCUGGGUCAACACAUCUGAAUCACAUGAUUAGUUAAUUCCCAGGCCUCUGGAGAACUUCAAGACAUGUUGAGGAGGUCAUUUAGCCAUUUAAAUGAGCUGUGUUGGAUCAAGGACACAUCUAAAAGCUGCAGGACACCAGCCCUCGAGGUCCUCCACUCCUGAUGUAGACGAUGCUUUUAUCACUGUGUGCAGAGCAAGCACACUCCCUAAUGUCUCCUUAAGGGUUCUCCCCAAUGGCAGCAGUCUCCAUCAUAUUAAGCCCAACUCUCGAGUUUCUGCCAUGUUACACAAAAAAAUCCUUUAGAGCUUUUUGCUUUUCAAGCAAACAAUUUGACAUCAGAAUAAUAAAAAAGUUCUUUAUUAAUUCAAAUAGGUUCGCGACUAAAGCACAACACAUCCAACAAUUACAAACCGAAGAAAAAAUGCAACCUCUUAAACCCUUGGAAACAUUCCCAAAGCCCAUUUGUCCAGUAUUUUUCAGUGUUCACAUCGAAGUGUUGACCCAGAUCAAAAAAUGAUUUUGAAAAAUGCUCCAGAACAAAUCUGAUCAGAUACCACCAGACACCCCAGUAUGGGUCCAAAAGCCAAAGCUGUUGAACAGGUGGUUUUAAUGCUGUGGCUGAUUGAAUCCAGCAGUCUGUUAAAGGCUCAACCACAAAACACAGAAAUUUAGGAAUAAAUUCUUCCAACACCAAUCACAAGCCGAUGGCUCUUAUCAAUGACAGGUUAAAGGUAACAUUUGCAGUUUGUCCCUGACUACGCAUACACGCAGUACCGUUCUCACGUAACACCUUAGAGUGUGGAUAAAAUAAUCGGUUAUGUUGCUGUUCAUUCAUGCUCCCAAUUCUUGAUCACUUGAGAAAUGUAACUGUAAAAGCACUGUGCCGAAUCACUCAGAUCAUAGGACCAAGGUUUGUUUUUCAUAGAUGUAUUAAAUCCGAGUCAUUGAACUGGGAAGAAAAGGUUUAACGUGUGACUGUGAAGAUUUACGUUGUGCCAAGCAGAAAUGUUCAUUAUUCAGUUUCACCAUAAUUCUGUUAGAGCUCUCCUGAAACGCUAAUGUUCUGUGUCUGUGUGAAAACGAAUUCUCCGGUGACACCAAGUAAAACCUGCCAUGUGUUUCAUCCUGUGCGUAAACGGACACGCAGAAACGUGACGGUCCUCGACUCUGACGCAGCUCCCAUCUGAACACACUCUAUAUGGAUGUUUUCUUACUGUGUCAGUAGUUGCUUCUCUGUUGUGAACCAACUUGCUUUUCACACUGUGCUCCACCACGUGACGGACGGACAGAGCGAGGUUACGAUUGGUCAGCAAUGAGGAAGUGACCAGGAGGGCGGGGCGACAGGGGCCUAUGUGUGUCCUGUUUAUGUUCGAACUCCAACACCCCGACAGAGGAUGAAAACAUGAACUGUCAGAGCAUAAAGACUGUCACAGUACAUCUAAGGGAGACCCUUAUUUUAUUUAUGAAUAUGCUGCUUGGAGUUUCUUAAAGUUUAAUAAAGAAAUAUGGUUUACAAA